AUGAUAAGAUUUUCGGAUUCCGACGAGGACGAACAAAUCGAAAAACUUGUUAAGACUUUCGACGGCGUCGUUGUCCAAAAGCAUCAAUCCUGGCAGUACAGUGGGCCUAAAACGCUCGGAUUGAAAGAUUUCCUAUGCAGAAAGUGCGAUGACGUUAUUCAAGAGCCGAAAAUCAUGGCUUGCUGUAACAGAGCUUUCUGUCAGGAGUGCUUGACACCAGAGAAUCGAUACCAUCAUGACACGUACAAUUUACAUUUGACUGAGAAGUGUCCUGUUUGUCAGCCAUCGAAGCCAACACCGUACCAUGAGCCCUCAAAGUUUUAUUUAAAAACUCUGAAAUCACUCAAGGUAAAAUGUCGGGAUAAAGCUUGUCAGCAAACAGUCUCCUACUCCGACAUAAAAGAACACUUGAAAAAGAACUGCCUUGGAUGGGCGAGGUGCGAUUGCUGCGCGGCCGAGUAUCAAAUUUGCGAGGGGCAUGGUUGUGUUAGAUCGAUUCGAAAAGAUGUUGAAAAGGCAAAAGAAUAUCUCAAGAAACAGCAGAUAAAGAUCGACGCAUUAGAUGAGAGACUACCACGAAUAUGGUAG